UCGUGUCCUCGUUCGGCAGCAUUCCCUAUAAAAAUGGCGGAAUCGCAGCGCUCAAGGCCGGUUCGGACUCUUCCUCUCUCCAUCUCUCUCCUUUCUCCAUCACCCAUUGCGUCGCGCGGAGCGAGAUCGAGAUGGUGGUGAAGCUCUCGAAGGCGGAGAAGAAGGUCCGCUACGACAAGAAGCUGUGCUCGCUGCUGGACGAGUACGGGAAGGUCCUAAUCGCCGCCGCCGACAAUGUCGGCUCCAACCAGCUCCAGAGCAUCCGCAGGGGCCUCCGCGGCGACUCCGUCAUCCUCAUGGGCAAGAACACCCUCAUCCGCCGCUGCAUCCGCUUCCACACCGAGAAGACCGGCAACAAGGACUUCCUCAACCUCCUCCCCCUUCUCGUCGGGAAUGUGGGAUUGAUAUUCACAAAGGGCGAUCUUAAGGAAGUUAGCGAGGAGGUUGCCAAGUACAAGGUUGGAGCUCCUGCUCGUGUUGGUCUAAUAGCACCUAUUGAUGUCAUUGUCCCACCUGGUAACACCGGAUUGGACCCUUCGCAAACAUCUUUCUUUCAGGUGCUCAACAUUCCAACCAAGAUUAACAAGGGCACUGUCGAAAUCAUCACCCCUGUCGAGUUGAUCAAGAAAGGAGACAAAGUGGGUUCUUCCGAGGCUGCUCUCCUCUCAAAGCUUGGAAUAAGACCAUUUUCGUAUGGCCUUAUAAUUCUCACCGUCUACGAGAACGGAUCAGUCUACACCCCUGAGGUCCUGGAUCUCACAGAAGAGGACCUUGCUGAGAAGUUUGCUGCUGGUUUGUCCGUUGUCACUUCAAUCGCGCUGGCAAUAUCUUACCCGACAAUCGCAGCUGCUCCUCAUAUGUUCAUCAAUGCAUACAAGAACUUGCUUGCGGUUGCAAUUGCGACAGAGUACAGCUUCCCACAUGCAGAGAAGGUCAAGGAAUACCUCAAGGAUCCAAGCAAGUUUGCAGUGGCUUCUGCUCCUCCGGAUGCUGCAGAUGUUGUAGCCGAAAAACCACCAGCAGCACCUGCUGAAGAAGAGAAGGAGGAACCUGCAGAGGAGUCUGAUGAUGACAUGGGUUUCGGCUUGUUCGAUUAGAGUGAAUUCUCAAGUUGUUCAUAAGAUAAGUAGCAGCAGUUGGAGGCUACAUGAUUAGAUUUUGUCAAAUUCUUUACAUUUUUUGUAGGUGUAGUUUUACUAAUAAAGUUCUAGUCAUGGUUAGAUUCAAUAGUAGAAGAUCUUAAAGAAUCCUCCAUAUUCGAGUAUGAUGCAGACACAACCCAUGAUGAAACACAAUAUGACCCUUCAAACUUAAUA